AGUUAUUGACAAACGAGUUUAUGUGUUACGAAAAAACUUAAAAUGCAGUCUCUCUACAUUUUUAUAUUGGUUUUAGUGGCUUUCCAAGUUUGCUAUGGCAGAGUAGUUGACGAUGCUCCAGAAAUAAACAGAAGGAUUCAUGGAUCCUAUGGUGCUUUUAGGGAUUUCACUGAUGAAGAUUGUGACAGGCCAUACCAAAAUAAAUGGAUGAGAUGUUCAGGUGGAGAGACUAAUGCGUUCAUCUAUCAUUGGAACAAUAAGUUAAAGGGAUGCGAAAGGGCGAUAUACAAGGGAUGUGGGGCCACCAGGAAUAAUUUCCUGACCGAAGCAGCAUGCAAUAAUCAAGCAAAACCAAUUUGUACUAAACAGAAAAAAACAUAAUUGUAUUGUAUUUGAAAAAUAGAAAUUUAUCUGAAAUGAAAUAGCUAUUUUCCUAACGAAAGCGUUAGGAACUAUAUUUUUUCUACGAGCGCAUUAAAGGUGAUGUUACGAAAAGUGUAAUUUGAAUAGAAUGCGACUUUGCAGAAGACUAAAAAUAUCAACCGACCUUCCUGUUUUUGGACAUGAGUAUAACACUCAAAAGGGUAACAUCCCUAAUUGACAAUUUUGCCUAGUGCCCAGUUAUUGUUCCUCCGAAUCGACCUGAUUUUGACAACUCUCAUUAUUAUUAAAUAUUCUUUUAUACCUGAAGAUGAAGCGUUGAAGCUUCGAAACCGGUAGUACAUAAAUUAAGAAUUUUUGGGAUUUUCAAGACUGUUUUUCUUCAAACCUAUCAUCUGCCCAAAAAAUGGACCACAUACAAUCCUUAUAUAUAUUAAUUAGCUUAAAUUGCAGAUAAAUUUUAGCUAAGAAAUUUUAUAAAGAGAUCCCGAGAGAGAUCCUUAUGAACUUUCUUUGCAAAUUUCUUAUUUAAACUAAGGUAAGUCAAAAAUGGCUCACGCAAAUGUGAUGAAUACCUAAGUAUAUAUUUGGAAUCAAGAAGAAUAGAUCUUUCACUUUAUCGCAUAAUAUACAGGGUGUUCCACUAAAAAAAGUCGAAGUUUUCUCUUACCAAAAAUGUAUACUUUUUAUGUAUUGUUGAAAUUAAAUUAAAAAUUAGGUUUGAAAAUAUGUCGUUAAUAUGUCAUACAGACGAGAAAAAUGUUGAUUAAGUUAAAAAUUGAGUCUGAAAAUAUGUCGUUACUACUAGAUGCCACUUUAUUUAUAUUGAAUUCAUUCACCCAGGACUGUCAGCCAGCGUAAAAUAGGAAUAUCCGACUUUUGAGGAAUGAAGGGCGAAUUUGUGCAUCCAUCUAAAAAUUGAUUUUAUAUGAUCCAAUUACCGUUGCUUUUUUUUUCAAUUUUACUUCAAUAAAAAAAUGGGGAAAUUGGUAGGUACUUGUAAUAAUUCUGCUACAUCGCAUUUCUCAGAUAAUAAUCAUUAUUAAAAAUAAAAUGAGAUAUCACUAUCCAGUUUUACAGUACAAAACACUUUGAACGAGACUUCGAAGCUGCGUAGCUAGGCAAUUCAAUUUUGAACAAAAAGUCAGCUCAAAGUACAACUUGCCUUUAACAAGGCAUAAUCCCCUUUUUCACCUAUCACACUAUUCAAACUAAUUAGGCUCCAAACCACGUGAUUUUUCAAUAUGGCGUCUGGGGGAAAAUUGACGUUUUUUUUGUUUAUCUUGAGCUUAUUUGGAAUAUUUUCGACCUAAUUACAGUUUGCUUUGUUAUAAUAUACUUUUCGAGAUGCAGAGUGAAUAUUUAAAGACUUUUAUGCAGGAAAAUCGGGAUGAGGGCGGACGGUAAAUUUGAAAAAAUAUCCAGGUGACAUUUGUUUACUUUUUGACCCACAGUUUUUACAGCAAUGAGCAAAUGAGGGCCUACAAAAGCUUAGUUUCUUACAAGUAUUCCGAAUUUGGCUUUAUUUUAGGUGCAGGAACAGUGGUACCUAGUGAAUAAUUUUCACGUUUCAAUAGGAAAAUUUUAGAACGGUGGGCACUGAAAAAAACCUGACAUCAUCCUUGUUGGAGCGCCUUCCACAAUCAACGGCAAGACACUUUUGUGGCAUUUUUAAUUAGAAAAAAUCCUAUGAAGUCAAUAAAAUAAAAAAAUAAACAGAGUUCAGUCACAAAACAACUACACAAUGCACUUUAAAAAGCUUUAAAUUCUGUACUCUCAUAUACUUACGGAAUAAUGAACGUCCGCCCCCGACGCCUUUUUCAAAUAGUUUUGACAGGUCGUUGGAAUGCCUAAUUAGCUAGUCCGACAUUCUCUGAUUUAGGACUUCGUCAACUUAAAAUAAUCCAACGAAUAUUAAGACGGUAAUAUAUGCAAGUUUGGCGAGCACGAUGCCAAAUUAUAAAAAUUUAAAAGUUUCGCCGAGCACCACACAUAUUUUGCUUUUAUUGAAUAACCCGUAAAUAGUUCGCACCAGUAUUGCCAAACUCUGGGUAAUUACUCAAAUUUUGGGUAUUUUUUCAUUAAAAUAUAAUUUCUGGGUAUUUGGGUCUAUUUUUAGUUUUUUCCUUGAAUUUGGGUAUUCCAGAUAAAACUGUUAAUUGAUUAAGAAAAACAUAUAUUUCAAUCAACGGUUGAAGUAAAACUGUAUCGCUACUUAACUUUUUGCACCAUUGAUACGGAUGUGCUGGCAAAUUGACCUAUCAGGAGCAAAAGCCAAGAACCCCAGAAAAGAAGAAGAAUACGCUAACGGAAAGUCUGAAAUUACAGAUUGUUCAUACAACAGAACAGAUAACCUCUGCAGAAAAUUUUGUUAUUCACUCAAGUAUGCGAAUCUUACAAGAGCUUGGUGAGCCUCAAAACAAUUUAAAUGCGACGUUGCAAUUUUUGGCAUUUUCAUGUUUGGACUGGAAUCAGCGCCUCGCCACGCUACCACCGUUGUUUAUUUGUUUAUUAUUAUCCCCGCCUUUUGAGUUGACAGAGAAUGUAAUUAUUUUUAUAAUUUGAUUGUACUGCUUCUGAUUGAAUAAAUUGAAAUGGAAUAAAAUUGAAACUACAAAUUUUAGGUUUGUUUGUUUGUAUUGCACUGACUUGAACUAAGCCGUAAAUAUUUCAGAUUAUGGCAGAUACACCAAGUGGGCCUUUGGAUACACCCAUAUAAAACACUCAAACGAACUCCCCAAAGCGGGAAGUGCUGCUCCGAAUAACACAAUAGUCCGGGGGCCGAGGCCCUUUUUUCCAAAUCAUUAAUAACAAGCUAGUUUUUUCAAUGAGGCUUCAUUUCACCGAGACGCCCAACUUUUUUCUCACGAAAAUUGCGAAAACAGGUAGCUAACAUACUGCGCAGGUGUGAAACAUGUCGAUUUGGUGACUAUGAAAAUUUGAUUAAUAACAGUUAGUUUUUUAGCUAAAUGUUGAGAUAAUUUUAUGAAUAAUUUGAAACAACAUUUUUUUAAUGUAGCUUAGUAAAUAUUACUACAAUUAAAUGGUUACAUUGUCCUACAAAUAAAGAGGUACAUUUAUCCAGUCCUACACUCAAAAAUUGUCGACUUCACGGUAAUACUUUAUUCAUCAAUCACCGACCGGCUAAAUCUUCUCGAGCAUCUUCGUAUUGAUAAUACGCCUAACUUUUCUAUUGCGAAAAGUUGCAAAAGUAGUAGCUACUAGAGUGAGCACUAGUGAGCAGAUGGAAAAUACCUUGAUUAGGUAAUUAUGCAAAUGUAAUUAUUAACAGUUAACAGUUAAUUUUUCAGGUGAAUAAUGAAUUUUAUAAAUAAUUCGAAAUUCGAUUUUAGCCAAAAAAUAAAUGAUUUGGUCUGCAGGGGACACUCAAAAAUGUAGCAAUUACUGGCUCAUAAAAAACGAUUUAUAACCAGUUGAUUUUUUACUACUAAAUAUAACUACAAUUACACAUUAUCCUAAAGAGGUAAGAUUCCUCAGCCCUACAUUCGAGAAUUUGGAAAAUAGCCUUAUGCAUAUUAUACGUAAAUAUGUAGGUACAGGGCUUUCAUUUCAAAACUUGCCACUCACGUUAUCUGCGUAAAGAGACAGAUUUCCAGAAAUCGCCGAAACACGUCAACAAAUUUAUUGAAGGGGUACCUUCGUUAAUUUGUUGACGUGUUCCGGCGAUUUCCAGAAAUCUGUCUCUUUAGGCAGAUAACGUGGGUGGCAAAUUUCGAAAUGAUAGCCCCUGUAUGUACAUGUACGUACACAGAUGCGUGUAUAACAGUAUAUGUGUUAUGUGUAUGUACACACACGAAUUGACGCGCAUGCUCGUAAAUAACACAGUAUCGUAGUAUAGGGUGAUUUAAAAAGCGCGCCAGAUUUGAAUUGCUCGAAAGGGAGUUUUGGCAUGCCAUCAAAGUAGAGGGGGCCAUGCCCUUUGUCAUUUUCCAUACCCAAAUUGAGAAGGUUUGAUCCAACCGGUUCAUCUUAAUUCUAA